GAGGAGGCGGCCGGGAGCCUCCUGCCUUCUCCGGCUGUGCCCGGGCCGCCUGCAACCUCUUGGCGCUUCCUGGGAUCCGCCGCGCUCCAGGCUCGGCCAGGCGGGGCGCGCCCACUGCGCGCAGAAUGUGGCGGCGGACACUGCCCCGGCCCGGUGCGCCCUGGCACUGGGCGCUGGCGCUGCUGGCCCUGGGCGGCGCGGGGCUGUGCCAUGCCAGCCCGCAGCCAAGGCAGCCAGCGCGGCCCGGCGCGAGGAACAAGAACUGGUGCGCCUACAUCGUGAACAAGAAUGUGAGCUGCUCUGUGCUGGAGGGGAGCGAGAGUUUUAUCCAGGCUCAGUACAACUGUGCCUGGAACCAGAUACCCUGUCCGGCUGGGCUGGGGUAUCGAGUGAGCUUCAGACCCAGGUAUGUCACUAAGUUCAAGACAGUGACCCAGUUGGAAUGGAGAUGCUGCCCCGGGUUUAGAGGGGGAGACUGCCAAGAAGGUCCCGGGAAUCCUGGGAGGACCCCCCACCCUACGCCUGCUCAGCCUCGAAACAGCAUGAAGAAAGCUACAGAUAAUGAACCAAACCAAAUCCCAGGGCCCAAGAGAACUCUGGCACCAACUCAUACAGCAGAACCAAGUCGAGUAGUAGAUCCAAAACAGGGACCUCAAGAACUUCAAGAAAAGAAAAUUCAGGUGCUUGAGGAGAAGGUUUUCCGACUCACAAGGACAGUUCUUGACCUCCAGUCUUCUAUUGCUGGAGUGAAUGAAAACCUCAAACAUGCCAUCCAGAAUGAUGCCGGUAAAAUGCUGGUUUCGUGGCUCAACAACGUGCACCCCCAGCCAACACCUGACAGUGCCAUUGGUGGAGACACAGAAAUGGUCCAGCUUCCUGGCAUCAACAACAAGGAAUCUGGCAUGAAGGACAUCAAGUCUGAAUUGGCCGAAGUCAAGGAUGCUCUGAAGACGAAGAGUGACAAGCUGGAAGAGCUGGAUGGGAAAGUGAAGGGUUAUGAAGGGCAGCUCAAACAGCUCCAGGAGGCCGCCCAGGGCCCUACAGUGACCAUGACGACCAACGAACUCUACCAAGCCUAUGUGGACAGUAAGAUCGAUGCCCUGAGAGAGGAACUCAUGGAGGGAAUGGACAGAAAGCUAGCUGAUUUGAAGAACUCUUGUGAGUACAGGUUGGUUGGCCUCCAGCAACAGUGUGAUGAUUAUGGGAGCAGCUUCCUAGGUGUGAUAGAGCUUAUAGGAGAGAAGGAAGCAAAUCUGAGAAAAGAAAUAAAUGACCUUCGUGCCCAGCUACCGAAUCCUUCCGUCCAGACAAACUGCUCUGACCAUGAAAAGAAUGGUGCACACUUUGGUCAACAGAUCAAGAUGUUAGACCAGAAAAUCGAAAAAGUUGCUGAAGCCACCAGGAUGCUGAAUGGGCGACUGGACAAUGAGUUUGAUCGCCUCACAGUUCCAGAACCAGAGGUGGACUUUGAUGCAAGAUGGAAUGAGCUGGAUGCAAGGAUCAAUGUGACAGAGAAGAACGCAGAAGAACAUUGCUUUUACAUUGAGGAAAGCCUUCGGGGGGCCAUUAAUGCAGAGGUACAUGAGUUGAAGCAACUUCUCAACCAGAAAAUACAAUCUCUAGAAGACCGUGUGGGGAGCGUUCUUCUGGAGAUUGCAAACAGCUCUAAUGCAGAAUUUACUCCUUCAAGCUCCACCCUACCAGGUGUGUCAGGGUCAGGGAACGAACAGGUCCUGACUGAAUUAAACCACUUGAAGGAUAAACUUCAAGUUGUUGAGGAUAUUUGCCAGCAGAACUUCCAGAGAGAGCCUCAUGGGAGAGAAGGUACUUUGCCAAAUGAGGAAGACCACACAAUGGGUGAUAGUUCAAGGCUUUUGAAAUCUCUAAAUGACACAAUGCACAGGAAGUUUCAGGAAAUUGAAUGGAGCAUCCAGAAACUUCAACAGGAUUUCAGUUUUCUUUAUUCCCAACUAAAUCACACAGAAAAUAACGUGACUUUUCUUCAGAAUGAGAUGAGCCAUUGUAGAGAAGGUAAAAACGCUGAAGGGGGUGGGUUUACUAAGGGGGGUAAGCCAGAGAGGACAGGUGAGACCCUCCCGUCCCCACCGGAUCCCACGGCACAGUGCUGCAGCCAGCUAGAGGAGGAGUUACAGAGGCUGCAGAGCCAGGUCCUUACUGGCCUAGACACUUGUAAGGAAAACAUGCAAGGCGUCCAGACAGAGGUCUCUGUGGUUGAAGGCAGAGUGUCUCAGAUGGAGAAAACUUGCAACAAACUGGACUCCAUCUCGGGAAGUCUUGACAAGAUCAAGGAAGGGCUCAACAAGCAUGUGAGUAGCCUGUGGAGCUGCAUCAGGCAGAUGAAUGGGACGCUCCAGUCACAUUCCGGAGACAUUUCUGGCCUGAAGAAUUCUGUCCAGCAGUUCUAUAGCCACGUUUUCCAGAUUUCUACUGACCUGCAAGAUCUGGUCAAAUUUCAACCAUCAGCAACAGAGGAGCCUCCCGAAGUGGCCCAGCCGCCGCCCCACAGGAAGGGCCCACAGACACCGGGCAGGCUGGCCAAGGGCCCCACCAAACCGGCUCACCCGGAGCUGACCCCUGCUCCGCUGCCGAGGCCCAGCAGCCUGCCACCUCCCGAGGACCCUGGACAGCGCCCCGUGCUGCCCAAGAGGCCCCUGUCGCCACAGCCCCCUGAAGAGAUGCUGCCCCCGCCAGCAUGGCCCGGCUGGACAGGGCUGCCCUUGCUGCCUGGGUCCACGGGGGUCAUCAUGGAGACGGGAGAGGCUGGGCCUCCGGGUAGAAUGGGCGUGUCGGGCAGGGGCCUGCCCCAGGGGGUGGAUGGCCAAACGGGCCAGGCCCCUUUCCCCAACUCCGAAGGCUACGCUGGUGCACCAGGCUACCCCAAGUCACCUCCUGUAGCCUCCCCAGGGGUUCUGGUGCCUUCUCUGGUGUCGUUUUCUGCUGGGCUUACGCAGAAGCCUUUCUCCAGUGAUGGAGGCGUUGUCCUCUUUAACAAAGUGCUGGUAAACGAUGGAGACGUCUAUAACCCCAAUACUGGGAUCUUCACAGCGCCUUACGAUGGGCGCUACCUGAUCACUGCCACCCUCACACCUGAGAGAGACACCUACGUGGAAGCUGUCCUGUCGGUCUCCAAUGCCAGCGUGGCCCAGCUGCACACGGCAGGGUACAAGAGGGAGUUCCUGGAAUACCACCAGCCCCCGGGGGCGCUCCACACGUGUGGGGGCCUGGGGGCCUUCCACCUUAUCGUGCACUUGAAGGCGGGGGAUGGCGUCAACAUCGUGGUGACUGGGGGCAGGCUAGCUCAGACGGACUUUGAUGAGAUGUACUCCACGUUCAGUGGGGUGCUCCUCUAUCCUUUCCUCUCCCACCUGUAGAUGGGCUGGGGCAAAGGGCAGGGUAAAGAGAACUGUACAAACUCCAAGCUUUAAUAUAUUCAGUUUAGGUAUGUAAUUGGAGCACUGAUCUAGACUUUUCUGCAUACAUCCCACCCCUUCCCCAGGAUAAAGGCCUUACCCGUGUUUCAGGUCACCACACCUGAUAGUUUCCAGGCGGGCAGCAAGCAGCUGACACGUGCCUAAGGCUUCCACUGACUCUUCCAUCACACCAACUGAGCAGCUGGCCACCUUGGGAAUGCCCUUGUCUUUCUGCGGAUCCUGCCCUCCUCGGGCCUUCCCAGCUGCAGCCGAGCAGUCAGUGGGAGCCCUGCCUGAAGGUCCCUGCUCAGUUCUAUGCCAACCCCUAAGGUGCUGACGCAGAGGUUCCAAUGGCUUCCCUUUGGGCCAGGCCAGAAGAUGGCAUCCUGCUGGUGGGGGAGCUGGCUUAGGGCUGGGAGGAGGCCAGGAUGGUCCCGUGGCUGUGGUCUUCCCUGGGGAGCAGAGCUGCAGCCGUGACUCCCUCUGUAUUUUACACUGCGUGGAGUUUACACACUGGGGUGCUGGGUGCUGGGUGCUGUGUGCCCCCACCCAGAGACUGGAGCUCAGUCUGGGCUGUUCCCCCAUGGGGACACAUCACUGCUCGCUCGGCCCCAGGUGGCAGGGGACACCAGACUGUGUUCCUGAAGCUUGUUGGGCUCCUCGAAUGACAUGUACAACUUAAGUGCAAAGACAGGGAGUAUCAAUAAAGAUGGAGAACCACUUGAAGUUACUUUUCUAAGUUUGGUGUCUCAUGGGUUGGGGGUUGUUAAAAAGCUAACUGUGGAAAGGUAUUUGACUUUUAUGGCUGCUGAAAAUGAGCGUGAAUAAAUUUCAACCAUAAACUUGUUCAACAUUCAAGCUGUACACUGGUUUUUGAGCUUUUAAAGACAGACCAGGUGUGCUUGGAGGUGGGCACCUUUGUGGUCCUGUGGCUGGAAGGGGACUCAUCCACGGAUGUGACCUCCACGGGUGUGAAGCAGUGGUGGCCAAGCUCAGGAGACCCAGCACUCCUUGCUUCACUGCACACUCACGCAGACAUCACUUACAGACGCUCAGGUUCCUGGGCAGCAAGGGGCCCCGCCUAACCUGGUCACACGCCGAGGGCCGAGAACACCCUGAAGGCCAGCUCAUUUCCCUUGUCUUACGGGGCCCCCAGACCCACCCAUCCUUUCCCCAGCAGCAGCGACAACCUCAGCACACUGAACCCUAGCUCAAAAAGGUGGCCUUAAAAUCUACUGGCCGCUUCAGUGCCACCGUUCCCGUCUAGGUGGGGGACGCAGCGGCCUGGAGCCCCAGAUCUGGAAGGUACAAAUAAGUAAAGCUUUGGUUUCCUUGGCCCAAAUUGAUGCCGUUCUGCUGUAAAAACACUCCGGGUUCCAAAGAUUGCCUGCAAACCAAAUCCAACAGAGUGGUCACGGGACACGUCAGAGGGGCUCUUCUUCCCUAUCCCCUCCCUUCCCCCCAUGUCACUUCAUCAAGAAGCCCCGAGGCCUUUCCUUUCGCUGGCUUCAGUUAGGGCCCAGGUGGGGAGAAAAGACCAAGAAUCAAAGGUUUGUGGUUGCAGCAUGUUAUACAUUCGGGCCGCAUUCCCACCCUCGUUUCCUCAGCUGGGGAAUUGGCUGGAGGCAGCUGUCACAUCAUCCUUGGCUGUCCCAGAAAUGACUCAUGGAAAAUAACCCCAAUGCACUGGAGUGUUUUCAGGAAAAGCCAGUCAGCGUGUGGACCCACUUUCACUCUCUCACUCACACUCUUUAGAAGGCAGGGACCAGAAAGAGAUGACAGCAGCGGUUUUUCUUUUUCCUACUCCACUGUUGGUUCUGUACGGCUUCAACUAACUUGAUCCCCCUCGUCCCUCAGCACAUCCCAGUAACUCAUUUACUGAAGACAGUGAAUUUCAGCUGUGUAUCCAAGACAGGCCACGCACAAUACACCCAAUGGCAGCAGGGUCUGUACUGACUCAAAAACAAGAUGGGAUGAGAGUUGGGUCUCCGCCCACAGAAGCUGCAGGGAUCUUCAAGUAAGGGAAGACCCACCUUCUGUGUAGUGAGGACAGCAGACAGCUGAGCCCACAGGGCUGGGAGUUGCCUCUUCAUGAACCCACCACCCCACCAGAUGUAUAAACCAAACCCUAGGGCUUAAUCUGACACACAGCCACAAGCUCUAAGACAGAGCUGUUGCUGCUGAGAAAAAGGCCAGGGCCCUUCUUAAGAUGGUGAAGAGACAGGGUGGGACAUUUUCCACACAUAUUAACACUAAGCAAAUGACCUCACUUCAAUGAUCAAAAGAAAACCACAGCAACAAGGAAAACCGCAAACCAAGGCACGCUGCAUUUGAAAUUCUACGUCAGCACUGCUCACCUAGCUUUCCCAGCGACCCCAUCAUCUCUGAUGGUUUGUAGCUUGAAGGGACCGUGAGAUCCGAGGGACAUGAAGUCCACACUUGUACAUUUGAAAACAUGGCUUUGUAUAUAUCCACAUCCACUUUUCAGACAUAACUACGUGUUCUCCCUACACCAUCCCAGUCCUAUGAAAAGGAAGGGCAAACUCAAACUCUAAGGGGUGCGGGGUUGACAGAGCAAGCUGCAACCACGGUGGGUCCCGUGACAGCUCAGGAGGGAGUGCGGGCGGUUCCUCUUUUAACCACCUAAAGCCCUUCUGGGUGGAAAGGUCUCCUCUGUAGUACACCCAUCUCAACUCUUUCUACUCCUAAAGUCUUCACCAUGUUGCCCUGGGACCUUACUUAGCCAUCAGGUCCUGGUGAAGAAGCGUGAAAUGCAAAACCUCUCCAUACUGUAAAGCACACGCUCAUGGAGGAACUGCCAUUCAACACACGCUCACACUUGUAAGGUCCAGAGAUCUCCAUAGAAAACACAAUUUAAAUGACAUGGGGGAGGGUGUGGCUUUUAAUCAGAGGUCACUUUGACUCUCCUUAUCUGAUGAAAAAUAAUAGUAUCCAGACUCAGGAGGGUUAGUGAAAGCCGGGGUGGGGGAGCAAGGGCCCAGAACAGGACUCUCAGGGACACCCUGCGGGGUUAAAGACCACCUGGCGGGGCCCGUGACAGCACAGCAGCAAUUAUACACGGACGAGUGAAUCACUCCCUGGCAGAGCCUACAAAGCAGGAGAACUGGGUUCCUGUGGGUGUAGCCUCACUCUGGGAGUCAGGUAUCUACAAGUCCUGGCUGUAGAUAAACUUAAGUAUCAGCGAAAAUCAAAAUGCUAAUUUAUGGAAAUAAUCAGUUUUGGCAAAAGUAUAGAGAAAUCUAGACAUCCUCAGAAAGGAAGAGUCAAAUGCGCGGAGUUUACAUUUGUUUAUUGUUUUAACAUUUUAUUUUGAACAUCAAACAUUGCACCAAAAUAUCCAUUUAUCUCAAGACAACUGUCUUUACCAUAACUAAGAGUACUGAUGUUUACAAUUCAUUUCCGACAAUUUAAAACUUACUAGUGGUAUUGCUGUCUAAUAAUCAAAUACUUUAUCAUAAACUGAACUGUCAAAUUGAAAGCAGUUUCCCCUCCCUUUCUUACCUUCAAAACAAAGGAAAAAAACAAAACAGUUUUCACCUGGAAAGAGCACUUAAACAAAAAGUCAAUUUUUAACCAUUUUCAUUAAGCCCAGCAUGCUCUAAAACAAGGAAAACCCAGGCUUCCUAGAGUAAAUGUGAUGCAUGAAAAGCGGAUAAAAACCCCUUGGCGAGUCUGUUCUCAACUUUCAGAAAGAGAAAGCGCUCACUUGCUAACUGUCAGUGAAAGGCCUGGCCUGCACCUGCUGGAGCGAAGUGCAGGAGGUGCUGCGCGCAGGCCCCCAGUGGUGGGACCCACGACAGACGUGCCUCCAGUCACCAGGGAGCUGGGGCUUUUCAACGCUCGGCCACAGUGAAGAGCGGCCGGACCGGAAGAGCCUGCACAGCUCUUGGCAGCUCUCACGUUAGGACACCACACUAGUGUUUCUUUUUCCAUCUGAAAAAGAUGCAGAUGUCCUUACAUGUGGCAAACACGGCACUCAAGCACGGGGUAGUCUGCCUGCUCCAGAUCCACACGUGUACUCCCCUAAAGCCUGACCAGGAUUCUGAAGUCUACACUUCACAGAAGUACAACCUUAAACACGUGGACGUUAACGCAAAAACUAAAGUUAGAUUGGAUUGGAAAGAGGGACCACUUAAUCAGUGGGGCCACUGACAGAAUGACGUGGAAAAGCCCAUCUGCCCUGCAGGCUCCUGCGGUUUCCCCAUCACGACAAACAUCCUGAGGGUGAUGCGUCAUGAACUCACCAUCCUAAGGGCUUGUGUACAAACACACUCAAGGGCAUCUCUCUUUCACAGAAAGAACAAAUGUCAUUUGUACCAAAUGGCAAUGGGUUUUUAGCACAAACUUAACACUUCCAUAACACUAUCGUAAUAGUAAAUCAUAUACUUUCAGUAAGAGAGACUCCUUUAAAUAAGGAAAAAGACUCACAUUAAUUAGCAUAUAUACCCACUGGAUCAACUUGCAGUGAUAAAGUGACAAAGCCUACUGCUUAUGCACACUGAGACAAAGGGACCAAGCCCCCACAGCUCAGGGCUGGAGACCUGGCUUCCCAGCUGGGCUCUCUGAGGAAGGCCUGGGUGUCCAAAGAGAAGAGCUUGUUAGGAAAAACAAACACAUCACCUAGUUUAAAACUCUUUAGAGGACAACGUACAAAGCACUAAAGAAGGUGUAUGUUAACGAUUUUUCGUACCGCGCAUAUGCAAAGGAACGCUUCGAAGCUCAGUAAGGCUCAUGCUCUCCCUCCGCCCCAGUCUGUCCGGAGGACAUGCUGAUGGCACUCAGUGACGUUUUAACCAACAUUACUAAAUGGACCGGUGGCAGUUCACGGAACUCAGGUUAUAGACAGAAAUGAAGCAACUGGCAUCUGCUCUCCAAGCAUUUUAAUUCACUACUAAGGUAGAACUUCACAUAAAUAUAGUUGCCCUAACCUAUGGUACAUGAACAUGUCAAUCCAGCUCAUUGAACAAUGAGUCCUGAAAUGUUCAAGGUGAGAAGGUCUGAACUGGAGAAAGCACGUGUCACUGCUUCCCUGGGAACAUGUGCCUUCAGGUUCUGCCACUGAGACCUGUAUUCAAAGGAUCUCAACAUUGUCUCUGCAUCCAACAGCACUAGGAAGCAGCAGCUGAGUCAAGGAAUACCAACCCUCUACUCCAGAACAUCACCGCCCUCUGUCUCCGUCUCUGGAUCAGUGUUAUCUGGGGUGAGGCGAGCUAAAACAAGAACAGCCCACAAUACAGUCACAGGGAAGGGGGGCCAGGGAACCGCUGGCCUGUCUCUGCGGCUCUCUCUGCUCUGGGCCUCAGCUCAUUGCUCUCUUCAGAGAACUAUGACUGUGGUCGUCAUGGGUCCUCUGAGGCCUCCUCUCCAACAGCUCUCUUGACUUUAAUGCUGAGGUGAUUGUCAACACCACCCUGAUCUCUGCAGGCUCCUGGAAAUGACUGGCUGAUCACCACCUCUGGAGGGGCUCACUGCACAUGUCCCUGUACGGGCUGCCCAGACAUCUGACAUGAGCUCAUUACAGCCAGCUCGGGAAACUGAACUGCUCUUCAUUUUUUCAGGGAAAAUACACAGGCCUCCCCCCAGGUGACCAUGAGAUCUCACAGGGUGCACGUGUCCCCGGCUGAUGGGAGCAGUCAAAAUGGGGACUCACAGAUGUGAGGGGUGGUCAGCUCUAGGAGCUCUCUCUUAAAUGCUUCCUGGGUUUUAUCCAUGGCUGUGAUUCCAAAUGCCAAAGCCCAACUGUCGGCCUGUGGCCUCACGUGAGCUUCCCUGUGCUUCCCUGACAAUCUAAAGUGCAAAGUUUUAGAAACCCUGUCCCAAAGCCAAGCCACCCAGACGCCCACUUGAUGGGCAACAGGCCCAGGGACAGAGGAAAGGGUCUUCCCAGGACAGGUCACAAUGGUACAUCUGCAUUUCCAAGGCCUCCCUGAAAAUGGACGAAGUUGUUGCAUUUUUUUUUUUUUAACUUCAUUUCCACUAAUAAGAUUUUUAUUGCAAACAUCAAA